AUGAAUUCUGUUCGGAGGGAUGAGGUGAGUGUGGUGCCGAUUUUGACGUACCGAUUGGGCUGCUCUGCGUUCAAAACCACCGUUUCCAGGUCUUCGGUGGGUUGUGCUGAGGUGUUGGGAUUUCAUCCCUUGGGUCGUCGAUUGGUCCCUUACCGUUCGGUGUUCCUUGUACUGACAUGGUCUCGCUAG